AAAGCACGUGUCAUGUCAGAGAGCGUGUUUGGCGGAUUUCUGCAUGUUGAGCCGACGCUCACCCCCCCUCCUCCUCCUCCUCCUCUUCCUCCUCUGCAGACUGUACAACAUGUGCUGUCAUUGAGAAACACACUGAGAGGAUUUGCUAAACUUAGCUCUUACUCCUGAGACUCAGACGCCCGCUGCGGCUUUGCGCUGGACACCUUUUUAAGCUCGGCCAAUUAAACAAUGAGCGUCGCUCAGGAGAGAGUCGGCCUCUGCAAGAUUGUAUUUCUACCGCGAGACUGUGCGAAUGCAUCUGGCUGCAACUUUUUUUCCAUAUAUAUAUAUAUAUACAUUAGUAUACAUACUGCUAAUCCAUCACUUUUUUCACGGAGUGGACACUCCACCCAUCGCCCAGAGCGGAUGCGCUGACCUCUCAUCUCAAAUCCCCGCCCGUCCUGCCUGCGUGUGCAUGUUGCAGGCUGUUGAAGGGCUGAAGAAGCAUCUCUCGACGCCGCGGCUUUGACUCCACACACUCGAAAGAGAAUCGACGUUCUCUCGGAUCAGGGGAGCCCACGCAGGGUUGUGUGUUUUUCUUCUUUUUUUUCAAACGAGGACUUCAGCAGUGCCAAUAAAAUGCAGAAGCAAGUGGAGGUCAAGAUGGACGGGAGCCACCUUGAGCCCAUCGUGGAAUCUCCCGACAGCCUGUGCAGCAGCAUGUGUGAUAAGAUCAUGAAGAACAUGGUUCUCACUCUCACCAUCUUGGGUGUGUUUCUGGGCUCCAUCAGUGGAAUGCUGCUGCGGCACAUAUCGCCUCUUCACCCCAACGUCGUCAUGAGCAUCGCCUUCCCCGGAGAGAUUCUAAUGAGGAUGCUGAAGAUGCUGAUUCUGCCUCUCGUCGUCUCCAGUCUGGUCACAGGACUGGCGGGUCUGGACGCCAAAUCCAGCGGCCGCCUGGGCACCCGGGCCAUGGUGUACUACAUGUCGACGACGGUGAUCGCGGCCGUCCUGGGCGUGAUCCUGGUGCUGCUCAUCCACCCCGGUAACCCCAAGCUGAAGGCCAACCUCGGCCCGGGAAAGAAGAACGACGACGUGUCGAGCGUGGACGCCUUCUUCGAUCUCAUCCGGAACCUUUUCCCGGAGAACUUGGUGCAGGCCUGCUUCCAGCAGAUCCAAACGGUAAUCACCAAAGUGCCGGUGCCCACCAACAGAACCAGAGCGCCGCCGCAGUUCACCGUGAAAAGGACGCUCCAGUUCAAGGGCGGGAUGAACGUCCUCGGUUUGAUUGGAUUCUUUGUCGCUUUCGGAGUAAUUAUGGGCAAAAUGGGAGAAAAGGCCAAAAUGAUGUUGGAGUUUUUCAACGUCCUGAACGAGAUUGUCAUGAGGCUCGUCGGCGCAAUUAUGUGGUACUCCCCCUUCGGUAUCGCCUGCCUCAUCUGCGGAAAGAUCAUCUCCAUCGCGGACUUGGAGAUGGUCGCCAGGCAGCUGGGCAUGUACAUGGUCACGGUGAUCGUGGGCCUGUUCAUCCACGGAGGCAUCUUCCUUCCGCUGAUAUAUUUUGUGAUAGUAAGAAAAAACCCGUUCACCUUCUUCAUGGGGAUAUUCCAAGCCUGGGUCACGGCACUCGGAACAGCGUCCAGUGCCGGCACCUUGCCCGUCACGUUCCGAUGCCUGGAGGAGAACCUGGGCAUCGACAAGAGGGUCACGCGCUUCGUCCUCCCGGUCGGCGCCACCAUCAACAUGGACGGCACGGCGCUCUACGAGGCGGUGGCCGCCAUCUUCAUCGCUCAGAUGAACAAUAUCGACCUCGACUGGGGCCAGAUCGUCACCGUAAGUAUGACAGCCACCCUGGCCAGUGUCGGAGCAGCCAGUAUCCCCAGUGCUGGACUGGUGACCAUGCUUCUGAUCCUCACGGCGGUGGGGCUGCCCACCGACGACAUCAGCCUCCUGGUCGCUGUCGACUGGCUGCUUGAUCGUUUCCGGACCUCCGUCAAUGUGGUGGGGGACUCCUACGGGGCCGGCAUCGUGUACCACCUGUCCAAGCACGAGCUGGACUCCUUCGACCAGCAGGCCCGGAUGGAGGACUUUGAGAUGGCCAAGCAGUCCUUCUUUGAGAAUAACAGGAACCAGAACAUGUACUCUCACCACAGCUCAAUCUUGAUAGACGACUGCAAGGUCACCAAUGGCAAAAUUGGCAACCCUGCAGGGUUCUCCCUUGUUGAGGAGGGACCGUGGAAAUGCGAGUAGAGCAGAUCCAGACGCUGCCGCGCCUUACCUCGACAGUUCCGACAGCUUUAACUUUCUGCCGAAAUCAACAAAAAGCACACAAAGAACAAAAAAAAGGAAAAAAGAAAGAAAACAACCCCACUCCAAAAAAAAAAGAAAUUGCAUAGAAACAAGAAGGAGCGAAACAGAGUGAAAUGAAAGUAAGCAGAGACAACUUGUACCCCAGAACACACAGUCGGGCCAGUCUUUUUCUUCUUCUGUCAGUUACCCAUCGAGCUACUGGAGCGUACCCCAGACGGCUCGCCAGACUUGUGUUAGAUCUCGCAUUUGCACUAACUGUAAUGAAAUGGUGCAUUUCGAGCACUUCCUAUACGAAUCAUUACGCGGUCGAAACUCCACUCGGGGCCUCUCAAUCUUGUCCCGUCGACGAAAGACUCCUUCGAACCUCCUGCGACACCUAAUUUCUCUUUUGUAGCUCGAAGGGCAAGCGACACCGUGUCCUCGUUCCCAUUUAAUGCAACCUCAAAGCUGGCGUAAAUGAACUGUUACUGGAAGAGAUCGGCCGAUCAGAAUCAGACACACGAUCGUUUGUGUACUCUGAGACACUCUGAUCGUAAACUCUGGACCCGAGGGUGCUCCAAAAUAAUGCACUCUGGGUUUAUGAAAGCUGAGCGCUUUCGUGUGGCACUGUGCUGCAUGUGACGGUUACGCUGCGUUACCUUUUGACUCUUUGACUUACGGGAUUACACUGUGAUGGCCAAGCCUAAAAAGCGAAGUUUAGGGUUAAGACCAUAAGAGCAGAGAGCAGAUAGGGAUGGGGGGGGGGGGGGGGAGUGACCUCUAAAUGUGGCAGCAAAAACAGAACAGGAUGUCUUGAGGAGAGCUUUAAAGCAGAAAAUAGAGUAUGUGAAGGGUGCCCUCACAAGCUGUUUAUUCAUUUGAUUUAUUACUUUUUUUGUAUUUAUUUUCUGUGUGAGCGAUGCACUAAGUUUCUGUCUGCAGUCCCCCACCCUCCCAAAAAAAGUCAUGCCUGUGUGCUGGAAUGUGCCGCGUAUUCACGUGCGAAAGAAAGGUCGGGAGGUUCAACGAGGAGGAAACGAAGACGCCGUCUCUCGGUCUUUCAGCGGGGGCCGGUGCAUUGCUCCUGUGUUUUAUGUCAAAACUGUUUAUUUCGUUGCUACAAGACAAACCUUGCCUUGACGACGUCGACUGCAGAGACCGACACGUUUCCGUCAGAACUGUUCAUUUCAAUCGAAUACAGGGACUCAUGGAUUUUGAGGCAGUUUUUUUUUUUUUAGAAGAAGAAUUUUUGGGAGCAAGAAGAAAAGUUCCUCCACGUCCGCGGGUCGGGGUUUACCUCUCGGGACAUCACUUAGAUCUCACAACGUAGAUUUCCAUGCCACAGAUUUAAACGCAAAGAACGAGCUGGUUAUUAGCCGCGGAUUUAAUCAACAAAAGGUCGUAGGGAAGUCGGAUGAAUAACGUACAAAUUUCCGAGGCGUCGCAACUCUGUUCAAACCGGCUCAAUUAUUAUUCUUUUUUUGUAAGCGACAGCUUACGUAAUCAUGUUUAAAGUGCCUCCUUGCACUUUGUGUAUAUACUCUCUUUAGAUAGUGUACAAAUCAAAUGUAUAGAAUUUGACAUUUCAUGUCAUCUUAUCAGGAUUGUUUUUGCUAUGCUAAAAGUUUCCAUAACUAUAUAUGUGUGUAUGCCACAAUGCUAGUACGUAUAAUUUUUAUUUUAUGGGCCACUAGUUGCCCUGAUAGUUUGUGAAUUUAGAUUACUUAAGGCAUUUAAUUCAUCCGUUUUUAAAGAGAAACCACCGAGUUUCAAAUGUUCGUCAGGGAGCGAAAAAUACACAAUAUUUCUUACUUUAAUUUGUGAUGGCUAUUAUUUAACGGUUAUGAGAACAUUAGGGUUGUUUCUUCCAUGUGGAUCAUUGACGUUGGCAGCUACAGUAUGUCUACAUGCUGUGACAGCCUUCCUCAGAAACCAACAGCACACUGACUCAAGUCAACACAUCUAUAAAUUUACAUACAUUUUCUCAAUGUAUUGCAUUUCAUAUUUGGCCAGUCUUAAUAAAAAAUAGUUUCAUUAGACUGGCCUCGUGUAGCAAGUGUUUCCUAUGGACAUGUGAAGUUGGACAAACUUUAUUUUUUGGGAUUCCGCGCUCACGUUGGUGCAAGAAUGUAUUUAACGCUUUCCUCUUGAUGCUCUGUAACUUCGACGGAGCGCAGACGGUAUUUGUCAAGCAAGUGGACUGAACUUGUGUAAAUGUCUUAAUACUUGCGUGUAAAUAUUUAUGGAUACAAAAUAAAUGUUUAUCGAUGA